AUGGAAAAGUUUAAAGACGAUAUCGCUAAAUCUGACUUAUGUACUAACCCAUCCAUUCAACUUGACGAUCUCGUCUCUUCUUAUAACAACACACUGUCUUCCAUACUAGAUAAUCAUGCACCACUUAUUCCCACCUAUUCCCUUGCCAAUGACUUUGGUAGAUUUUUCGUCAAGAAAAUCGCCGAUAUUUUAUCUAAGCUAUGCGUUCAACAUCCCUCCACUGCCACUGAUCAACAUGACCAAGAUUACUUUGAAACAAUUGUGAUGUCCCGCUCCAUCAAAAAUUCCCGGCUUUUGAUGAAGUUUCUGAAGAUUACAUCAGAACUCUCAUAA